CCUGAAAUCCUCUGGCUGGGGACAGUUUUUUCUCCUGAGCUGGUCUGGCCUUUUUUCUUUCAGAAAAACCAGGCAGAUGCUGUGAGUCUCGACAGCGGUUUGGUGUUUAAAGCAGGCCAGGCCCCUUACAAGCUGAAGCCUGUCGUGGCCGAGGUCUACGGGUCCAAAGAGCAGCCACAAACCCACUAUUACGCCGUGGCUGUGGUGAAGAAAGACACCAACUUCCAGCUGAACGAACUCCGAGGCAAGAAAUCCUGCCACACGGGCUUCCGCAGGUCUGCCGGGUGGUAUAUCCCUAUUGGGACACUUCGUCCAUUCUUGGAGUGGACAGGGCCACCUGCAAGUCUUGAGAGUGGUAAGAUGGCUGCGGGAUGGUGGGUGUCAGGCAGGGACACCCCACAGCACAUGUGCUCCAGGGCCCCUGACCCACAGUGGGGCGUGAGGAAGAAGUCAAGGAGUAGCCACUCUGCUGAGCCUUUUGGUGCUUUCUCAUUUCACAGGUGCCUGCAGGACGGGGCUGGAGAUGUGGCUUUUGUUAAGGACAGCACGGUGUUUGAGAAUCUGCCAAACAAGAAUGACAGGGACCAGUAUCAGCUGCUCUGCCCAAAUAACACUCGGAAGCCAGUGGAUGCAUUCAAGAGUUGCCACCUGGGCCGGGUUCCUUCUCAUGCCGUUGUGGCCCGAAGUGUGAAUGGCAAGGAAGACUUGAUUUGGGAGCUUCUCCGCCAGGCACAGGCGAGGUUUGGAAAAACCAAGGCACCGGAAUUCCAACUCUUUGCCUCCCCUCCUGGAAAGAAGGACCUGCUGUUCAAGGACUCUGCCCUUGGAUUUUUGAGGAUCCCCUCGAAGAUAGACUCUGCACUGUACCUCGGCUUCAAAUACUUGAGUGCCCUCCAGAAUCUGAAGAAAAAGAAGUCGUCGCUGGACGCACGGCGCAAACAGAUAGUGUGGUGUGCCGUGGGCAGAGAGGAGCAGAGCAAGUGCAACCAGUGGCGUCGCUGGAGCAGAAGGCAAGUGUCCUGUGCCUUGGCCUCCACCAGCGAGGACUGCAUCGCCCUGAUCAUGAAAGGAGAGGCUGACGCCAUGAGCUUGGAUGGAGGACUCGUCUACACGGCGGGCAAGUGUGGUUUGGUGCCUGUCCUGGCAGAGAACGCCAGAUCCCAAGAAAGCAAUGGCUCUGAUUGUGUGACUAGACCAUCAAAAGGGUAUCUUGCCGUGGCCGUUGUUAGGAAGUCAGAUGCCGACCUCACCUGGAACUCACUGAAGGGCAAGAAGUCCUGCCACACCGCUGUGGGCAGGACCGCAGGCUGGAACAUCCCCAUGGGCCUGCUCUUCAAUCAGACAGGCUCCUGCAGAUUUGGUGAAUUCUUUCGUCAAAGCUGUGCCCCUGGGGCUGACCCGGGAUCCAAUCUCUGUGCUCUGUGCAUCGGUGACGAUUCGGGCCAGAACAAGUGCGUGCCCAACAGCAAGGAGAGAUACUAUGGCUACACCGGAGCUUUCAGGUGUCUGGCUGAGAAGGCUGGCGAUGUUGCAUUUGUGAAGGAUGUCACGGUCCUGGAUAACACUGAUGGAAAGAACACUCAAGAGUGGGCUAAGAAUCUGAAGCCGGAGGACUUUGAGUUGCUGUGCCUCGAUGGUUCCCGGAAGUCUGUGUCUGAGGCUUGGAAAUGCCACCUCGCCGUAGCCCCAAGUCAUGCUGUGGUAUCUCGGGAAGAGAAGGCAGAAUACCUUGAAAAUGUGCUGCUCCAGCAACAGGAACAGUUUGGACAAAAUGGAUCUAAAUGCCCGAAGCAGUUUUGCUUGUUCCAGUCUAAAACCAAAAAUCUACUGUUCAACGAUAACACUGAAUGUCUGGCCAAACUCCAGGGCAAAACAACAUAUGAAAAAUAUUUAGGAGCAGCCUAUGUCACGGCCGUUGCUAAUCUGAAAAAAUGCUCAUCUUCCGGACUCCUGGAAGCCUGCGCCUUC